AUGAAACGUUUGUUGGAUGUAAUUGGAGGUUCUAUCGGAAGGUUUAUUCAAAUGAAAAUCGGUCAAGUUGAUAUUUGGCGAGAUGAUUACCUUUCCAUAAAGAAAAAGUUGGACUCUGGUAUUGAAAUUUGUUAUCACUGGUUAAAAACAGUAGAGGAAUUAAUUACAAUAUGGCAAAACGAAGGAAGUCAUAGAUGGAAAUCAGGAAAUACAAAAGAUAUAUUUAUUCAACAAUUACUACAAAGAUUAGAAGAAAUUGAACGUAUUAGAAGUAGCUACGAACAAUUAGCAAAUAAUUUAUCAGCAGAAGAAUGUGCUAGAAUUGAUUGUUUCUCUCCAUUUUCAGGUUUAAAUCCAGUUUUUAUUACUCCAUAUUCUGAACAAUCUUGGAAAUCUGGUGUUGUUAGAUUUGAAGAAAUAAUUGAACCUCUUGAAAAGAGAAUUUCCGAAAAGUUAAGAACCAGACUUUCAGCUCUUUCAUCAAAACCAUUACUAUUGUUAUUGGAAUUUGAUAAGAAUAGAGAUUUAAUUAGAAGAGACAAUGUUAAGAAAGAAUUAACUCAAGAAAGAGCUACAUUACUAGGACAACUCAGAGCUCACGUACAAACACUCAAAGCAGAUUUGGAUAACCAAAAAUAUGAAAGUGGAACAAACUCUGAUAUUGUUAGAAGGAUUGUUUCUGUAAAACAAAUUGAAGAAAAAAUCAAAUCUACAAUCAUUACUGCAGCAACAUUUUUGGAUGAUUUACCUGAAUCCACAAAAUUACAAGAAAUUUGUAAUUCCAUCCAAAAUGAAGUUGAAACUUUUAUUAAUUCAGAAAAGUCUAAAUGGGAAAAAGAAGUUGAAAGAGCAAAGGAUGAUCUUUCACUGAAUGGAUCAAUGAUUAGCCUAGAUAGAAAUAAGAAAAUGGUUGUAAAUUAUAACGAACGUCUUAUUUCACUAUUAAGAGAAGUAAGACAAUUAUCAGUUCUGGGAUUCCAGUUAUCUUCAAGUGUAUUGAAGUUAGCAGAGGAAGCAAAGGACUUUUAUACUCAAGCAAUUGCUUUAAAACAAAUCGCCAAUUUUUAUAACAAUGUCCAUACACAAGUUAUUAAGAGUCAAUCUUCAAUGCUUAUUGAUGCUGCCUCAAAUUUUGAAAGAGUUAUUUUUGAAUUCCAAAAAGAGGAUAAAUCAUGGAGCAAGGCUAAUGGUGAAAAAUAUAUUGCAAAAUUGAAGAGUGCUGCAGAACAAUUCACUACAGAAAAUAGAAAAUUGAGAAAGUAUCACAUUCUUAUUGGUGAUAAAGUUGCUCAAUUGAUGAAUAUUGAUUUAUUAAGAGAAAAAGAAUCUUGGGUUGGAAAAGUUAAUGAAAUUACCAAAAUAUUUUCAUUUUUGAGAACCCAAAACUAUACCAAUAUGGACAGCUGGAAAGUUCACUGGGAUUAUAAUAUAUACAAAUCUCUAGAUUACCAAUAUAAAGUUGGUCUUGAAACCUUGAAUGAACAAUUGCCAGAAAUCAAAUGCGAGUUAGUUUUCAAGGAUAAGAGAGUUCAAUUUUCUCCUGCUUUUGAAAAAAUCAAACAAACAUACUACGAGAAAAUGAGAGAUUUUAUUGCCUUCCCAGUAAUAUUUAGAGGCCUAAGCGAGAUUGAUAUUUUCAAAAAUAUCACCUAUACUAACAAUGAAGGAAUCAAAACAGUUUACCAUAAGGCAACAAUUUUAUUCACUAGGUUGGCAAAGGUAAAGAAACGUUUUGCUGACUAUGUUAUUUUGGGAAUGGUAGAUAACGAACUUGAAGAAAUUGUUUCACAAACUUUGAAUGAUACCAAUCAAUGGGAAGCAAACUUUAGAAUGAUAAAGGAAAAGGGUAAGGAAAUUGAAAGACUUGAAAAUGUUAUCAAGAUUGAUUGUAUUUCUGUAUCAACAGAUACUAUCAAAGAUACCAUUCAAGAUCAAUUACAAAAACUAGGUGAUUUACUUGUAAAGACUUUGAGAGCUAAAACUCAAAAACAUCUUGAUGUUAUUGAGCAGUUUAUUGUUCAAUCAUUGGCAAGCUUGUUGAAGGAUCCUCAAAGUAUGGAUGAAAUAGGUAAAUCACAUGCAUACUGUAGAAAACUAAGUGAGGAAAAGUCUGUUUUCUAUGCAGAGUUUGAUAACUUUGAAAAGAAGAAUAGAUUAUUGAGAAGUGUUGCUGGUGUUGCAAUUGAUGGUUCCUCUAUUAAAGAAAAAUGGAAUGAUUUCGAUGAUACAUUACAGGCACACGAACUCUACUUGAAAGAUAAGACCAAUAACCUUCAAAAGGAAGUGGAGGCAAAACUUAUCAAUUUCAAGGGAGAACUGGCCAAGUUUGCAAGCAAAUGGCACGAGUUGAAACCUAAGGAUAAUAGCUUUGUUGAUGCUGAAAGUUCAAAGAAGCAAAUUGCCUUCAUUAAAGAAAAGAGAGAAUCAUUCCAAGAAUUACGAAAGAGAGGUGAUGAAAUCUUAACAGAAUGUUCAUACUUUGGUGUAAUUACACAACCACCAAAGGAAUUGACAGAAAUUGAUGAAGAUAUUGGUAGAUAUGAAAAGAUUUGGGGUAUUUAUGAAAAAUUCCUAAAUGACUUGGAAAAGUUGACAUCACAAGAAUGGCUUGUUUUCAAAAAGCAAAUAUUUUCAUUCGAAGAUUUUGUUAUGGAAUGGAUUUCUGAAUUGAAGGAAAAGGACAAGAAUAGUAUUACUUUAUACAUUAGAGAGGAGAUUGAAAAGUACAACCAAUUCAAGGAUUACUUAAAGUUCAUUACUGGUGAUGGUUGGCAAGCUGAACAUUGGGAUAGCUUCUUCAGAUUGAUUGGUUUAGAAAAAGUUACAGUAGAAGAUUUAAAGUUUGGUCAUUUACUACCAAGAUCUGCAAUUAUUAUUGAGAAAAUUAAUAGUAUCAAGGAAUUGAGUUCUAGAGCUACAGGUGAACAACAAAUCAGAGACGCCCUCAAUGAACUCAAAGCGUGGGGUCUUUCUACAGAGUUUUCUACUUUCGAAUACAAGGGUAACAACAAAGUACUUCAACUCAUUAAGGAGUGGAAGGAUCUUUUGACUCAAAUUGGUGAUAACCAAUCACUUGCUCAAUCUAUCAAGGAUUCACAAUGGGCAGAACCAUUCAUUGAAGAAAUUAAGUCAUGGGAACUCAAGCUUACCAAUUUGGCUGAAUAUUUGGAUUAUUUAAUGGCCAUCCAAAGAAAGUGGUUAUAUCUAGAACCUAUUUUCUCUAGAGGUUCACUUCCUUCGGAACAACAAAGAUUCAAUCGUUUAGAUAAGGACUUUAUUGAUAUUAUUACCAAUAUCAAUGAUAAAGGAGGUAUUGGUAAACGUGUAGUUAUGUUGGAUAGAAUUAUUGGCUUGAAAGAUAGAUUGAAGGGUAUUUCUGAUGGACUUGAUGUUUGUCAAAAGGCUCUUAACAAGUUCUUGGAAGAAAAGAGAAGCGCAUAUCCAAGAUUCUAUUUUAUUGGUGAUUCUGAUUUGUUAGAAAUUCUUGGUCAAUCACAAAACCCAACAGUUAUCCAAACUCACCUUAAGAAAUUGUAUGCAGGUAUUUACAAAGUCCAAUUCAAUAAGGAACAAGAUACAAUUAUUGCCAUGUGCAGCAGUAAGGGUGAAGUUGUACAACUUAAACAACCUGUGAAGAUAACUGACAAGGUAGAGCAAUGGUUAGCCAACCUAGAUCAACAAAUGAUCUUAACCUUACAACAACUUUUAUUAGAAUGUGAUAAGUCAAAGGAAUUCGAUAUGGAUGCUUUCCCAUCCCAAAUUCUUUGCUUGCAAGAAAGUGUGAGCUUUACAAGAAAAUGUGAACUUGCUAUUCAAAACAAUGCUUUACCACAACUUUUGAACAGUGUCAAGUCUCAAUUAAGUCAAUUUACAUCCAUCAAUGCUAAAGAUGACGAAGUUGUUUCUAUGAAAGUUAAAGCGCUUAUUCUUGAUAUUAUCCACAAUAUUGAUGUUGUUCAAUGUCUUAUUGAUGGAAACGUUUCUUCUAUUCAACAUUGGUUAUGGCAAAAGCAACUUAGAUUUUAUAUUGAAAAUGGUAAAUGUGUAAUCAAGAUGAGUAAUGCCAAGUUUGAUUAUACUUAUGAAUAUCAAGGAAAUGUUUCUAAACUUGUACACACACCAUUAACAGAUAAGUGUUAUUUGACUUUAACACAAGGUAUGCUUUUAGGUUAUGGUGGUAAUCCUUAUGGACCUGCUGGUACAGGUAAAACUGAAAGUGUUAAAGCGCUUGGACAUCUUUUUGGUAGACAAGUAUUGGUUUUCAACUGUGAUGAAGGUAUUGACUUUAACAGUAUGGGUAGAAUUUUCAUAGGUCUUGUAAAGUGUGGUGCUUGGGGUUGUUUUGACGAAUUCAACAGAUUGAAACCAGAUCAAUUGUCAGCUAUUUCACAACAAAUUCAAACUAUCCAAGUUGCCAUUAAAGAAAAAUCAGCAAACCCAAUAGAAAUUCUUGGAAGCAAAGUUAAAGUAGAUUUGAAUGCUGGUAUUUUCGUUACCCUCAACCCUGCAGGUAAGGGUUAUGGUGGUAGAUCUCAACUUCCAGACAACUUGAAACAAUUGUUCAGAGCUGUAGCAAUGGCUGCUCCAGAUAAUGAAUUGAUUGCUGAGGUAAUCUUGCUUUCAGAAGGUUUUGAACAUGCCAAGUUUUUGGGUAAAAAGAUUGUCAGUGUAUUCCAACUUAGCAAACAAUUAUUGAGUUCACAACAACACUACGAUUGGGGCUUGCGUUCUCUCAAGACAAUUCUUAACAUUGGUGGAUCUCAAAUUAGACAAUCUAAAAAACAUGGAGCUUCCCUUUCCAAGGAAGCAGAAGCUCAAAUCGUUAUUAAGGCUCUUCGUGUUAACACUCUAUCAAAACUCACUCAUAAGGAUGCUGUUCUAUUCAAUGGAAUUAUCAAGGAUGUAUUCCCUGGUAUUGAUGCUCCUGAUAUUUCUUACAUUGAAUUGGAAAGAGCUAUCAAGGAAGUAAUGACAGAGUUGGGAUUGAUACCGAUUCCAAAUAUGAUCAAGAAAAUUGUUCAAUUCUAUGAAGCAUGCAAACAAAGAAUGGGUGUAGUACUUGUUGGUCCUAGUGGUUCUGGUAAGACAACUAUCUGGCAUGUUCUUUCAGAAGCCCUUAAGAAAAUUAAUCAAAAGCUCAAGAGUUAUGUUGUAAAUCCAAAGGCAAUGCCAAGACACCAACUUUUGGGUCACAUGGACAUGGAUACUAGAGAAUGGUUUGAAGGCAUUAUUACAGCUAACUCUCGUAUUAUUUUGAAGGAAGAGCCAGAUGUCAUGUCUUGGAUGGUUUGUGAUGGUGAUAUUGAUCCAGAAUGGGUUGAAUCAUUGAAUUCUGUUCUUGAUGAUAACCACUUGCUUACAAUGCCAACAGGUGAAAGAAUUCAAUUCGGUUCAAAUGUUAACUUUAUUUUCGAAACUCACAGCCUCAAGUUUGCUUCUCCAGCUACUGUCAGUAGAAUGGGUGUUAUCUUCUUGUCAGAUAAUGAUGUUGAUGUAAAGAGCUUUGUACAUGCAUGGAUGAAUAGACAUGAAGAUUUAACUGAUAAUUUAAAGUCACUGGUUGACAACUAUUUCUACCAAGCUUUAGAUGCUGUUCUCGCUGUUGAUCAAAGUGAGUUUGUUAUUGAGUCUACUAGUAUGGGUAUUAUAAUGAAUGGUUUAUCACAUAUAACUCCUGAUAUUUCUACAAAGGGAGAAUUUGCUAAUUCAUUGGUUAAAGGUUUGGGAUCAUCCUUAAAUAUCAAGGCAAGAGAAAAGCUUGCAAAGGAUAUCUAUACACUUUGUUCUGAAAGUUCACUCGAUUUGAGAAGACCUCUUGAUUAUUACUACUCUAAACAUGAUUCCUGUUAUACCCAAUACUCUUUCACUGAUUCUGAAGAAAUUACAUAUGAAAGUCUCCAAAAUAGUCCUAUGAUUAGAACUGUAGAUAUUCAAAGAACAACAGAUAUUAUUUAUCCUUGGUUACACAAUAUGGAACCUUUCAUUCUUGCUGGUCCUGAAGGUGCAGGUAAAGGUAUGCUCUUGGAAAAUCUUUUCCUCGACUUGCACUCUGUUCAAAUUGCCAGAAUCCACUGUAAUUCUCAAACUAAUGAGAGCCAUGUUAUUCAAAAAUUGAAUCAAACUUGUGCUGUAUUCACUACAAACACUGGUCGUGUUCUUAGACCAAGAGAAGGAGAAAGACUCAUUUUGUUCUUGAAGGAUAUUAACUUGCCUUGUCCAGAUAAGUAUGGUACAACCCAAUUAAUUUCCUUCCUACAACAACUUAUCACAUACAAUGGCUAUUAUGAUGAUGAACUAAAGUGGGUAGGUUUAGAAAGAAUUCAAAUUGUUUGCUCUAUGAAUCCUGCCACAACUGUUGGUAGAUAUGAGCUUACAACCAGAUUUACAUCUAUUGUAAGAAUUGCUUACAUGUCAUACACAGACAAGCAACAAUUGAAACAAAUCGUAUUUACUUAUCUCAAAUGUGCUCUAUCUAAAGAAUUUUCAGGACACGCUGUUUGGAAGCAAACACAAAAUAUUGAUUUGUUGACUGAAGUUAUGAUUGAUUUGUAUGAUAGUGUUUCUAAGAAGUUUACUGUAGAUGAAUAUGCUCAUUACCAAUUCACUCCAAGAGAUCUCACUAGAUGGAUUCUUGGUUUAUUGAGCUUUACUAUUCCUGCUUCUAGUAAUAGAUGCACAGAACUUCUAGAUGCUUGGACUUAUGAAGCAAGAAGAAUCUUUAGAGAUAAACUUGUAAAGGAUAUUACAGCCUUUGAUAAUAUGGAAGCUGCUAUUCAUAUGAAAAGUAAUCUUAAAAAGACUGCUCUACAAAGCUUUGAAAGAGAAAACAGACCAUUGCGUUUGUUCUUUAUUCCUGAAAUUGUUGAAUAUGUAGCCAUGAUAGAUAGAGUUCUCUGUAAAGAUGGAAAUUCUUUACUACUCGUAACCAAACAAGGCAUUGGUAGUAGUGAUAUGGUUGCCCUCGUUUGUCACCUUCUCAAGUUUGAGCUAUUCAUUCCAAAGAUGGUUGUUGGCUACUCUAGCAAGCAUUUCAAGAAUGAUGUUAAAGCUGUUAUUCAAAAAGCUGCACAAAACGAAAAAGUUUGUCUUAUCCUUGAAGACCACCACAUGACUGACGUUUCACUUUUGGAAUAUGUUAAUAGUCUUCUCAGUUCUGGUGAAAUUCCAGGUCUCUUUACCAAGGAAGAAUUAGAAAUGAUUCUCUCUUCUAUCAAAGAUGAAAGUUCAAGAGAAGGAAAUCAAAGUAUGAGUCCUAAUGCUAUCUUCAUCAAACGUGUAGUUAACAACAUGAGAAUAGUUUUAUUGAUGGAUCCUGAUAAUAGUAACUUUGAUAUGAAAUGUAGAUCAAAUCCUGCCAUCUUUACAAAAUGUUCAAUCAUUUGGAAGGAUAAUUGGUCCGCAGAAGGAAUUCAACAAAUUCCAAAGAUGAUUAUAGAUGAAAAUGACUUGAAGACCCUAUCUCUUAAACCAGAUGAAUUCAUGCAAUUGUUCGUUAAUAUUCACGAUACUUGUACUGAAAGAAAAGCAACCCCUCUCCAUUUUAUUAACUUUAUUGAUACAUUCAAUAAGACUUUACAAAAGAAGAGAUCUGUUAAGCAAGAACAACAAGAGCACUUGAACAAGGGUUUAUCAAAGUUGAAGGAAGCAUCUAAGAGUGUUGAUGAAUUGUCUAAGAAAGCUGAAGUACAAAAAAUACAACUCAAUGAAAAGCAAGAACAAAAGAAGAUUGCCCUUACAGAAAUUCAAAAGAGUAUGCAAGAAUCAGUCAAGGAACAAAAUGAUAUUGAAAAGCUAAAGGAGCAAGUCAAGGUAGAAGAUGUCAAGCUCAACGAAAAGAAGAGUUUCAUCAAUGGAAAACUUUCAAGUAUUGAACCUCUUUUGGAGAGUGCCAAACAAGCUGUCGGUGCAUUAACACCAAAAGAAAUAUCUGAAAUUAAGAGUUUACAACAACCUCCAAUUAUUAUCAGACAAAUUUUGGAAGGUGUAGUUAGAUUGAUGGGACAAAAGGAUUGGAAUUCUUGGAAGGGUAUCCAAAACUUCUUGAAUCGUAUGGGUGUUAAGGAUCAAAUUAUGAACUUUGAUGCAUCAACUGUAGAUAAAAAGGUACUUGAUGAUAUCAAGAAAUAUCUUGCCGGUGAAGGUGCAGAAUCAUUCCAACCUGAAGUUGCUGCCAGAAGUAGCAAGUCAGCUUUACCUCUCGCAAAAUGGGUUACUGCCAACGUUGAAUAUGCUGAAGUCCUCCAACAAGUUGGUCCACUUAAAAGAGAAAUGGAAAUUUUACUUAAAUCUCAAGAAGUAUUGAACAAUCAAUUGGCUCAAUGCGAGAGUAAACUUAAUACCCUCAAUGAGAAGGUCAAAUCUUUGCAAGAUGAAUACGAACAAAAGACACAAGAAGCUGAAUCCCUCAAGUUUGGACUCCAACAAGCCGAAAAGACACUUUCAUCAGCUAAGAGUUUGAUUGGAAAACUUGGAGGUGAAAAAGAAAGAUGGGAACAACAACUUGAUGCAUUGGCAAAAGAAAUGAAAGAUAUGCCAUACCAAGCAUUAUUAGCUUCAUCAUUUAUGACUUACCUUCCUGAUGCCCCAGAAAAUGUUAGAAAGGAAUAUAUUGAAAAAUGGAAGAUUAUUGCUAAUAUGAAGUCAUUUGACUUCCGUUCAUUCAUGAGUACUGAAAGUGAAAUGCUCCAAUACAAAGGUGAAGGACUUCCUGGUGAUGAACUUUCAACAGAAAAUGCUAUUGUUAUUUUAGAAAGUAUUAAGCAUCCACUUAUCAUUGAUCCAUCCAGAAGAGCUGUUGAAUGGUUAAAGACUCACUUGAUGAAUAAGAGCGUAGAAUGUACAACUUCCCAUGAUACCAAGUUUAGUACAACUUUAGAAUUGGCAGUGAGAUUUGGUAAGACAUUAAUUGUUGAAGAAGUUGAUCAAGUCGAUCCAAUCCUCUAUCCACUUUUGAGAAAUGAAAUUAUUGUACAAGGUACUAGAAAAUCCGUAGUGGUAGGAGAAAAGACUGUUGAUUACAGCGAAGAUUUCAAGAUUUAUCUUGUAACAAGAAAUCCAAAUAUUUCCCUUACACCUGAUGCUUCUCCUCUUGUUACUGUUGUCAACUUUACUGUAACAAAAUCUGGUCUAGAAGGACAAUUAUUGAGUCAAACCUUACAACAUGAAAACCCAGAAAUCGAACAAAAGAAGAGUAUGUUGUUGAAGAAGGAAGAAGAAAACAAGAUUCAACUUAGUGAUUUAGAAAAGCAACUCUUGAAUGAAUUAGCAUCAUCCAAAGGAAAUCUACUUGAGAAUGAAUCUCUUAUCACUAAAUUGGCUGAAAUUAAGAAGAAGAGUCAAUCUAUUGUUAGCAGUUUAGAAGAAUCUAGUAAGACUAUGAAGGAAUUAGAAACAAAGAGAGAUCAAUAUCGUCCAUUUGCUGAAAUGGGUAGCAACCUUUUCUUUAUCAUUUCUGAUAUGAAGAACAUUAAUAGAAUGUACCAAUUCAGUCUCUCUUCAUUCAUCAAGCUUUUCGAUCAAGCUUUAACUUCAAGAUUAGACAAGGCAUCUGAUGUUAAUUUGAGAAUUACCCUAUUGAAACAAGAAUUGAGUAAGAUUGCCUUUACCUACAUUACUAGAUCUUUAUUCAAGGAGGAUAGACUUUUAUUUGGUAUGCAUAUGGUUCGUGGUCUAUUCCCAUCAAUGUUCAAUCAACAACAAUGGAACUUCUUUAUUGGUAAUGUUUUGAAAGAAGCACCUACAGGAACACAAACUCCAAAUUGGAUUCCUCAAGAUAGAGUCAAGACAUUCCAACUUCUUUCAGCAUGCCUUCCUGAAACCGUUAGCAAGCUUCAAUUUGGUAACAGUGAGAAGUGGAAACAUUGGUUAACUUCAAAGGAAGAUGCUGUUUCAUCAUUCCCAGUACCUGAUAAUUCCAUCAGCUAUGCUGAAAAGGUUCUUGUUAUCAAAACUUUGAAACCUGAUCAAUUGUUUGUUGUUAUCACAGAUUUGGUCACAAAGACUUUGGAUAUCAAGUCAUUGUCAACCUCAUUAAAACUUGCCAAUAUCCACAAGCAAGAAAGUAAUUGUGCCGAACCUAUUUUACUUAUUACUACUGCUGGUGCUGAUCCUUCACAAGAAUUGAGACAAAUGGCUCUUGAUGUUGCUGGGGAAGCCAACUUUAUUGAAUUGGCUAUGGGUCAAGGUCAAACAGAAGAGGCUAUCCAACUCCUUAGAAAAUGUACAAGAGAAGGAAAAUGGUUGUUCUUGAAGAAUCUUCACUUGGUAGUUUCUUGGCUUCCAACUUUGGAGAAAGAAAUUGCUGUCCUUUCUGAUGUAAAUGAAGGAUUUAGAUUAUGGUUGACCACCGAGACACAUGAUGAAUUCCCAAUCAUUUUACUCCAACAAAGCUUGAAAUUAACAUUUGAAUCUCCUCCAGGAAUCAAGCAAAAUAUGCUCAGAACCUUUGAAUCACAAAAUGUUACUGAAUUCAAGGCAUACGGAAAGAAUCGUAUGAGAUUGUCUCUCCUUUUGGCUUGGUUCCACUCUGUUGUACAAGAGAGAAGAACAUAUAUCCCUCAAGGUUGGUCUAAAUUCUACGAAUUCUCUUCUUCAGAUUUCAGAGCUGCCUCAGACAUUAUUGGAGCUGCAAUUGAGAACGAAAAUCCAGAAUGGAAUACUAUUCUUGGACUUUUAGAAAAUGCCAUUUAUGGUGGUAGAAUUGAUAAUAAGUACGAUGCCAAGAUCUUGAGAGCUUACCUCACCAAGUACUUUAAUCCAAAUGUUCUUAAUAAUAAGGAAUCUCUUUACACAAAGGGUUUAUUCCUUCCUGAUAAUAAUUCAUAUGAAGAAUAUAUGAGAUUUAUUGAAAGAUUACCAGAUAUUGAUCAACCUGUUGUAUUUGGUCUUCCACCUAAUGCUGAUAGAGUUGUUCAAGUUUACAGAGGUAACAAAUUAAUAGAAAAACUCAAACAUAUUCAUUCUAUGAACCAAUCACAUCACUCCUUCAAUAAGGAAGAAUGGACUUCAAAAUUAGUACCUAUUGUACAAUUGUGGAAUGGACUGGUAAACCCUAACAGAUCCGUAUUACUUCAAACUAAGAGAAAUAAUGAAGUGAUUAAUGAUCCAGUUGACUCAUUUAUUACUUUAGAAAUGGAUAAUUCUCUUGAUUUGAUCAAAUUUAUUGAUUCUGAAGUUCAAAAGAUUAGUGAAGUAAUCAAGGGAGUUUCCUUGAUUGAUGCUAUUAUCCAUUCCAAUGGUCUUUCUCUCAUGGGUGGUUCAAUUCCUGAAAGAUGGCAACUUAAAUGGGAAAAUGGUCCUGGUGACAAUAUUACUGUUUGGUUGAACGAAAUUGUCUCAAAGACCCUCAAGUUGCAUGAAUGUUGUACACUCGUUUCCCAAGGUAAACUAUUCUCCAAGCCUCUCGAGUUGAAUACACUAUUCAAUCCUCACAUCUUCUUCAAUGCUCUCAAACAACAAACAGCUAGAAAAUCUGGACUUCAACUUGAUGACUUAACUGUAUUGACUGCCUCUUGGGGUAAUAAGAAUAUUUCUGGUGUUUCACUCAAAGUUGCUAUCAAGGGUAUUGGUAUUCAAGGUAGUGAAUUUGAUGGUACACUUACCAGCAUUUCAUCUGAUUCAUCACCAGCACUUAUUGAAUUACCACCAUGUGAAGUUUACUGGCUCACAGAAAAACAAGUGGAAGAUUUGAAGCAAAAGAAAGAAUUCCCACAAGUUACUCUGCCACUUCCAAUCUAUUAUUCUACCAACAGAGAAUUCACAGUUGCUGAAUUAACUAUGCCAUGUAAUUCUAUUGUAGAUGUUGACAAGUUUAUUUUAACUGGUACAGCACUCUUUGUUGAUACCCAAUAAGAUUUUGUGUAAAUAAUAAAAAACAACAUUAAAUUAUU